AUGAAGACCCAGACCCAGAGCCAAAUGUUCAACACCGCUUCGAAGAGGAUGAAGACAAACCCUCAACAGGCUCCCGGUAACCUGAAAAGCGUGGAGGACAUUGUGUUUUUGAAGAUUUUUAUGGGUAAGAACAACUCUCCAGAAAAGGUCAAGCUACGGGGGCUGACCAAGAAUCGCGGCCAGUUUACCAACUAUGAAGAAUUCUACAAGACAAUGGUAGCCAGUGCCUGA